AUGGCCGCGCCGCUGCUCCGGCAAUGGCGCCGCCUCGCCGUGCUCGGCGCCCUCCUCGUGCUCCACCUCGCCGCCGCCGUGGCGCAGUCACCGCCAACUGCACCCACGACCCCGGCCGCACCCACGACUCCGGCUGCACCGACGACCCCUGCUGCACCCACGACCCCUGCCGCACCCACGACCCCGGCCGCACCCACGACCCCUGCCGCGCCCACGACUCCUGCCGCGCCCACGACCCCGGCCGCACCGACGACUCCGGCUGCACCGACGACCCCUGCCGCACCCACGACCCCGGCUGCACCCACGACCCCGGCGACGCCGGCGCCCACUGCCACCCCGACAACGCCAGCGCCCACCGCCACCCCUGUCGCACCAGCAAAGCCGCCGCCGGUCGCGCCGGCCAAACCCCCGCCGGUGACGCCGCCACCGGUCACGCCACCUCCCACGACGCCGCCCGCGGUGCUCCCACCCGCCGUGCUGCCGCCCGCCGCGGCGCCUCCGCCGACGGCCACACCGCCCCCGGCCGAGGCGCCCGCGUCGCUGCCUCCCGCGACGACGCCCCCGCCCGUGGCCGAGGCCCCCGCGCCGCCCGCGGAGAUACCGCCCGCCGAGGCGCCGUCCAAGGGCAAGAACAAGCACAAGAGGAGGAAGAAGCAACACGGCAAGAAGGAGGCGCCCGCGGAAGCGCCGCAGCCGCUGAGCCCGCCUGCUCCCGCCGCGCCGUCGCCGGCUGAUCUGGAAGACGUGUCCGGCCCUGCACCGUCAGCGUCCGAUGUGAAUGCGAGCAGCCGGCAGCACCAGCACUGGGCCUCCGUCGUCCUGCAUACCGCCAUGGCGGCGAUUUUGCUAUCGCUAGCGUGGUAA